UUAUCAUUAUUUUAUGAAAUCAUAGCAAAAAUCACUUUAUGGCCUCAAGAGUGUCAAGAGCAAAAAUGGCAGAUGCAACUUUUUGAUUUGAAGCAAAUUAAUACAACUCCAAGAAAGGAACAUGAGAUGAAAAAUGUUCGUUACUCAAAACAAAUAAAGGAGAACAAGUGUAACAAUGAAGAACACUGUCAACAACAACAACGACUCACCGCCACCUGCUGAUCAUGAUUCCAUCAAAGACCCCAUUUCUUCUCUCGAUUCUCGCUUCAAUCAAACCCUCAAAACUGUUCAAGGGCUGCUCAAAGGACACAGUUUUCCUGGUAAAGUAUUGCUGAGCCGCCGAGCAGAACCUUUUGAUGUUUCUAGCAUGCAUCUAUCUCCUCGGGAUUACAAAAGGAGCUCCUCUCAAAAUGAUGCAGGACCAAGUAAACACGAGGAUAACCCUGUUGAGGAACAUUCUCCAAGCACAGAUGAUAAUGACUCUGAUUCUUCUCUACGAAAGUCAAAACCGUCAGUGUCUCCUGUCAAUACAUCUAAAGAGUCUCAUAAGACUCCUUUGAGUGCAAGAGCUACAGAUUCAGCUAGGGUCAUGAAGUUCAAAAAGGAGCUUUCAGUGCCAACAGUUACUUUAGAAAAACUGCGGGAGCUAGCUUGGAAUGGUGUGCCAUCUUACAUGCGCCCUGUUGUCUGGAGACUUCUUUUGGGAUAUGCACCACUUAAUUCAGAUAGAAGGGAAGGAGUUCUGAGGAGGAAGCGCAAUGAGUAUCUUGAUUCUGUGGCACAGUAUUAUGAUAUUCCAGAUUCUGAACGUUCAGAUGAUGAAAUCAACAUGCUCCGUCAGAUUGCAGUUGAUUGUCCUAGAACUGUACCGGAUGUAACUUUCUUUCAGCAACCUGCAGUCCAGAAAUCUUUGGAGCGGAUACUCUACACUUGGGCCAUCCGACAUCCUGCUAGUGGAUAUGUACAAGGAAUUAAUGAUCUUGUGACACCAUUUCUGGUGGUAUUCUUGUCCGAACACUUAGAAGGAAGCAUUGAUACUUGGUCGACUUUGGAUCUAUCCGAAGAAAAACUCGCUGAGGUUGAGGCUGAUUGCUAUUGGUGCCUUUCAAAAUUGCUUGAUGGUAUGCAAGACCAUUACACUUUUGCUCAACCAGGAAUCCAGAGACUUGUUUUUAAACUGAGGGAGUUGGUUCGGAGGAUCGAUGAACCUGUUUCGAAACAUAUGGAAGAGCACGGUCUUGAGUUCCUUCAGUUUGCAUUUCGGUGGUUCAAUUGUCUUCUAAUACGUGAGAUCCCUUUUCCCCUCGUCACGCGCCUUUGGGAUACAUACCUUGCAGAAGGUGAUGCUUUACCCGAUUUUCUCGUGUACAUAGCAGCCAGUUUCCUUCUAACUUGGUCUGAUAAAAUCAUGAAGCUUGAUUUUCAAGAGAUGGUAAUGUUCCUUCAACACCUUCGGACACUGAAUUGGACCGAUCAAGAGCUAGAGAUGGUGCUUUCGAGAGCAUAUAUGUGGCAUACCAUGUUUAACAGUUCUCCGAGCCACUUAGCUAGUCAGUAAACGAAACAAGGAUUUUCUUUGAACGUAUUUGGUCGUGUAUGUGUUCCAUUGUAUCUGUCCCGUUAUAAAUUAUCAUUCUCAUCCGGUAACAGAUUAGUCUUACCGUUGAUUGUGUGGCCGUGUACCAUAAGUGUCGAUUACUCGGUUCUUCAUGGCAUAAGGAUGUCAACUAGAAGUAUGCAUUGGCUGGCGGCUUUGAUAUGUAAUUUAUGGCAUGUCUUACGACAUCUGAGUUUAUAUUGUAGAAUUUGCUUUCAA